CGAAACUUUAUGGACUGUAAGCAUGGCAGACGCAAUGUGCCCAGUAGGGGGCAGCAUCGUUCUACCUUCUAGUUCACAUUUAAUCAGUUUCAAACCAAACUUUGGAGAAAAAAAAUAAAAUUACGUUGUGGAGGAUUUAACUUCAAAGUUUAUAGUCUUUAAUUUAAACAAACUAAGGCUUCACCUCUCGGUGCACAUUUUAAUUAGGUAAUUAAAGGAUGAAGGGGGAGGGUGCAGAGAGUCACCUCACUGGGAGCUCCAGACUAAACUAGCUGCAGAUGAAGUUUUCAGCCGCGCAGCUCGGUGGGACUUUUUGGGAAUUCCUACUAACUUCCAAACUCUGUCCGACUGAGAUGUUGCGAUGCUCCGCGCAGCCUUACGAAACGCGCACUUGUUCUGGGUAACUUGUUUCGUUUUCGUUCCGGAGGCUGGUCGUGGGUCAGCCGACUCAGGCAGCUGUCAUGAGGUGAAGACAGCGUACAUGAUGCGCCAAAUAGGCCCCGUGGAGCUGGUGCCAGAAAGACCGGGAGCAGGCGAACCUCUUCGAGUGUGCGUUCACCCCGGACCCAGCUGCUGUACGAGUAAGAUGGAGGACAGCUACAUGUCAGCUGUUCGCAGUGAGACGCAGCAGAAGAUUAGAUCUUAUAGUUUUGAGCUCAAGUACCUGAUCGCUGGACACACCAAGGCCUACCAAGAAACCUUCGAGUCACUUUUGUCCUUCACAUCUAAUCUCACCAGCACUCUGUUUGACAGCGCCUACUCCGCACUCGCAUUUGACUGUCGCCCCCUGGUGUUUCAGCUGUUCAGCGACAUCAAGAAACACCUUUCAGGUGAUGCUAGAUCCUUUCUAAGCAACGCUGUGCAGCAGUUCUACAGUGAUCUCUUUCCGCUGGUCUACCGCCGUCUGCUCAACCCCGGCAUUGGCCACACUUCACCCCUUACCCAUUCCUCCCAAUCCACCAAUCACGACGACUGCCUGAGGAUGACCCAACAGGACAUCAGCCCUUUUGGACCCCAUCCUCGGCUCCUCGUUAACAGUCUGUCCCGUGCACUCGGGCCCGGUCGAGCACUGAGUCAGCUGCUGAGACUGGCUGGAGAGGUUGUGAAUUCAACAGAGAAGGCCGCGUUAUCUAGAGAGUGUGGACGGGGAUUAGUGAAGAUGCAGUACUGCUCCCACUGCAGAGGGCUGACCCUGAUACGACCCUGUACUGGACUCUGUGUCAAUAUAAUGAGAGGAUGUCUGGUGGGUGUUUCUGAGCUGGGUGCCCCCUGGGGGCGUUUAGUGGUAUUGCUCCAACGGUUAGCUACGACUUUAGCAACCAGCAGCAACCAAAACAGCAUGGAACUGGCUCUGUUAGCAGUUCGAAACCAUGUGAACGAUGCCAUCCUGCACGCACAGCUGCACGGCCCACGGAUCUCAGCGACAGUGGAGAAGGUGUGUGGGCCCCAAGCAUCCGGCCCCAUGACGGCAAUUACAAGAUUAACUCAACCGCACACUUCAACUUCACUAACCUCAAAAAUGCCACCUGUGACUUUCCCUCCUUCAAGUCAUCCCCAUGUGCAAAUGCAGCCUCAGAAGCCGUUCCCUCUCAGAGGCUCUAGAGGAGACAAGAGUCGAAACCUGAAAAAACUGUCACGAGAGUUUGAGAGCUCCAUUCAGCGGUACAAGUGGUUUUUCUCUGAGCUACCAGAAAUGCUCUGUGAAAGUGAAAUGGAGGUGGAACAGCACACCUGCUGGAGCGGCCACGAUGUUGUGGAGAGUUAUGCAGGUCGUGUUGUUGGCAGCACUUUAAAAGACCAGAAGGAAAAUGUGGAGAUGACGGUUCGUAAUACAGAUCCUGUCCUCAAGGAGGUGAAGCAGAGGCUGGAGCAGCUAACACAGGAGCUCUUAGCACAACUUGGCUGGGCAAGCAGAGGGAGAGGAAGGGGAGAGGAAGAGGAUGGCAAGAGCACACAGAUAGAUGGAAGCAGUGGAGAUGAUUGUGAUGAUGAAGAUGGCUGCGAAGCAUCUGGUGAAGAGAGUGGUGAUGAGACAUUCAGUGGUCGUGGUCCAGAAACAAAAUACGUGUCUCCUACUCCUCGCCUCCCAGCUCCUCCUCAUCAACACUCACCUCCUCAGGUUGCUGUUCAGAGCACAGCUCACAUGAUGACCUUUGAACCCCUGAUGACUCUGCUGCUCCUAACUCUGUCUCCAUGGGAAGCACUCUGACCAAGAACGGACCGAAGAGGUUGAAAGACAAACACACGGCGUGUGUUGUGUGAUGACAUAACGUUUUUGGUGUCUCAGUGAAGUCUUCCGACUGUUUUUGUUUGUGGUGGCCAUCCUGAUGGGACACGCUGCUGAAUUUCCACACCUCCUGGUGCACCGUAUCCCCUUUUUUUGUAUCACCUAUGACUGAUAUCAUGCUUUUAUUUGUACUUACCGCUAGAUUGCACAGCGUAACUGACUGUUUUGAAGAGAUGUAAAUAAAUAUAUAUAAAUUAUAUAUUUAUAAGCAAAGGUUCAAACGACUACAACGGCUUCACGUGUACAUUAGGAAUAAAAUACAACAGAAGGAUAACUUGGAUGAGAGUAAGCGAUUGUUUAGAUUUUAGAUUACACCUUUUUGCCACCAACCCACUACAGUAAAGCUAUCAUAUAGACUUGUUCAUGUGCAAACAUCAAAACAAUAGCAAAUGAGAAAAUGUUGCUACAUAAAACAUUAAAGUUUCAUGUUUCUGUUCGGGAUUGUUGCUGUAGGCUGAUGUGAAUGCAAAGAUGAACAUUUCUGAUGCAUUUUGGGCAGAUUUAGCUACAAACUCUCUGCAAAUAAAAGUCAAGAGGGACUUGUGUUCAGGGUAGAAUGCUUCUUAAAAUGGUAAAUAGACAGCCAUCCUUUAAAACUCAUUUACUUUUGCUGUUGUCUAUAGUGUGAAAGAAUUCUUUGUGCGUCAUUUUCAUUGGGAAAAAGAUCUGGUGCUCCUGUUUCAGGGGGUGGAAGUUAGUGGGAGGAGUGGGGGUGCUUAGAUGGUAGGAUUAGGAA